UUUUCGGGCAGCGGACCUAGCAUCAGGAUACACCGCAUACCAGUAGGAUCACCACAUCUACCAAGCGAGUGGAGUCCCCAGGGACAGCAGCAGCAGCAGCACAGGAAGCGGCAAUAAACUUUUGGGAGAUGGAGCGACGCGGACGCAUUCCGGUGGCCAAGUUCCGAACCCAGGAGGCCAAGACGCGCAGCAGGAGUCGCGUGAGGGAGCCGGACUACAAUGAGCAGGACCCGGAGCACGACAUGUUCACUUUGCUGGAAGAUAACAUCGCCCUCAGGGAAGAGAACAGCUUAAAACUGGAAAUUGAAACCCAUAAAACCACGCAGGAGGAGCAGCAGGCUCAGCAUGAAAUUUGCAUGGCCUUGGAGUCCCUGCAACAGCAGCAGACCAAUUUCGAGACCCAAAUCAAGGAUCUGAGCGCAAAGUUUAACAAGGCUCUUAACGAACGAAAUGCUUUGGAUAAGCUGCACAAAAUGAAGGUCGACCAGAUACACAAUCUCACCAGCGAGCUGGAGCAUAUACGCGAGAAGCACAGGAUGACACCUGUAAUAAGCCCGCGUCCGGUUCUGGGAUCCGUGGAACUCAAACGAAAGCUUUUUAAGAUUCUGCAGUCGGGCAGCACAGACAGUGCCGACAGUAUCGGCACUCAAGAGCUUGACAGUCUGGUCGAUGUCAAUUCGGAAGGGGUGCCCAUUACCAGCAGCCUGGUGGAGCGUCUGGCCGAUGAGUUCCUGACACUUAAAAAUAUGACUAGUGCUGUGGAGCUACAGUUAUACGAGGCCAACGAAAAGAUGGCUGAGCUAUUAGAGCAGCAACAUGCAAUGGAGGAGGAAAACGAAGCGCUGCGUACGGAAAACAGCAACUUGACCAAAGUGGCCAAGCUGCUGACAGAAAACAUGAAGGAGAGUGUGGAAACUAGCCAGAAAAUGGAGGCGGCUCUCAUCAAGUUGAAGCAGCGCAAUGAUGAGCUUACAGCGAAGACACGCGAUCUGACCGAUGGACAGCCGGGAACCAGAACCAGCACCUCGUCCAGCGUGCUGAACGAGCAGGUGGAGUUCGAGCAGAUCCAGGACCAGGUGCAGCAACAGGCCAGGGAGCACAACGAGCGCAUUGUGGAAAUGCAAAAUCUAAUGGAUGCGGCUAUAGCCAAAACUACUAACGAUGAACUAAAAAAAUUACAACUUAAGUUGGAGAUACUCGAGGAGCAGUUGCGCGAGGCAGUGACGCGUGCCGAUCAUGCCGAGGAGCAAUUGGCGCUCUACCAGCAAAAAUCGCUGGCUGCUCCACCGCCACCUCCUCCUCCGCCGCCGCCACCGCCUCCCCAAGCAGGCCAACUUUUCCCUGCCGUAGGACUGGUGGCAGUGGGUGCCCUUGGCGGUGGUAGCUUGAGUGACCACAUUGCCGGACAUAGCUUGCGCAAGGGCAGCGGCGACAAGAUCAUCGAGAAUGUGAAGCAUCAGGUACAGGCCGAGGCAGCAACAGGUCUUGACGCUCUGAUGCGCGAGUUCAAGUCGGGAGGCGUGACCCUGCGGAGGCGCAAUCGCCGCAAGACGGGCACCAGCGAGGCCCUCAAGGAGAUGUUCCAAGUACUAGAGAUAAGUCAGAAGCAGAACCGCAACUCCAAGAUAUGCGUGGACCUGCACUCGGCCCGCGGAGUUGAUCUUUAAUCCCGUUCCUGCCAUCUUUCUCACCCACUCUCUUACUUACUUUGGUCUCAAAUCUCAGGACCCAGCUGUCCCUGAACAACAAACAUUCCGUGCAUUUUCAAAACGUAUUAUUGUGUGCCUUUUCAAGGAAGAAACUGAAGCCAUUUUACAAUUUACUAAACAUAAGCCCCACUUUCAGGAUGGAUCUGCGUGCAAAGCAGAUUUAUCUAACAAAUAUUUACUCGACAAUAUUAACUUAUAACUAACUUUUACCAGGCCUGGUUAAUGUGUUCAUUUUAACAGGUUUCGUGUUUAACUAAUCAAAGAAGCCCCCACAAAAAUAUCUUGAAUAAACUUUUUUAACCAAACCAAA